AGUACGACAGGAAGUACUUCAGCACCACCACAAACUUAUUCAGAGGUCUCUUCUGAUGAUACAAGUCUACGCCAGCGUAAAUCUGGAACAAGGCGGUCUAAAACUACAUCGACAAAAAGAAAACUAUCAUUAAUGUCUGAUCAUUCUUACAUAGUACCUUCCGGAUAA